UAAAAAAGCAACAGGGAGCGAUGGAGGACUCAAGCAUGGGUGCUUUAGGGAUGUUGAAGACAACCCUUGGAUGUGCAGCAGCAGGUUUUGCUUUUGCAGAAUCUGCUUUAUUUGCACUUAAUCCCAUACUGACUGAAGAUCACGUCCUGCUGUCUGCUGCUACUCUGGCCGCCGGACGAGCCGGUUCCACAGGAGUGGGUGUUGUGAUGUCGUGCCUUGUAUUCACCUCUCUGCUCAUUUCUCUGGGAAGUGGGUUUCUGCUCGCUGCCUUGGUCAUGAAGCUGCUGACUAGAGUUGGAGAGAGAGUACCAUGGUUAAGAGAGGUAACAGCGGGAGCAUCUGUCGUGGUGGGUGCAGUGAUUACUGGAGUGUUAGCGGGCCUUCUUCCACCGUGGAUGUACAUCGCAGCACAAGGCAUUCUAGUACUUAUCGUCUACUCUUACUCUAACAUUAAUGACAUGACCCAAGCACUGUUAAUCAUCUUCACCACGCUCUUCCUCAGUGUCUAUUAUGGGAGAAUGGGUGUGGUAGUCGGAUUCUUCUUGAUGGGACUGACGAUUUCAUUCCUCUGUGCUCUUCGAAAAGCCCUGACAGAAAGGAUGACUCAAAGACCAAAAUCCACAACUGAGUGCAAACUGCUAGAAAGAAUAUUCUUCUAUUCUGUUGUUGUGGGAAUACUAGGAUUUACAGUAGGUUUAGGGGCAGGAGCAGCAGGGGACGGAACAGAGGCAGAGGUGGUAGUGAUUGUGCAUUCAGUCCUUUGGGUGGCCUUUCUGUCUGCAGGGCUGCUUGGAGCUGGCCUGGGAACAGUGGCCAUGGUUGGACUGGGACCGGAGGCAGCUGGAAAGGUGGCUCUGGGGGCUGCUCUAAUAUCAUCAGUCGCCUUAAGAGUCCUUCUAUCCAGAAUGUCUUUUCUAGGGGCUCGAAGCAGCAUGGCGGGGGUUUUAGGAGCAGCUACAGCUGCAGGAGUAUCACUUGGAGCUGCAAGUGUUGCAGCUAAACAGGCAUUCAAGUCCAGGAAUUCAGCUUUAGCAACUUUUGGUUCAGUGGUUGCUGGUGUUAUUGUGGCCACACAGGUUGUUGCAGUCAAAGCUACUCUGAUGACGACAUCAGAACUAAUAACAAUCACCCUUGUUGCAAUGGGGGCAUUUGUCCUGGGUGCACCAAAGAGCCCGUUCCACACACAGGUGAAUCUGCGAAGGGGCCUCCUCACGGGGCCGGAGCUAAUUACAGGAAUUGGCAUGGAGACGGUCACUGCAGCAGCAGCGCCUAUUGGAGCGGGGGCUCUUGGAGCCGCAGCAAUCGGGACAGCAGCCCUGGGGAAACUGGGGACUGCAGGAGUUUUGGUGGCUGUAACUUUGGCUUUGGGAAGUACUCUGAGCGGAAUGAUAGGAAAACCACAACCAACAGCAAGUGCACACAGAGACUGACCUACAGCGUGUGUCCAAUGCACUGUACAUGUAAAUCACAUGUAAAUGUGUUAAAACUACUGCAAAUCAAAGUAUACCAGUUCAGUUUUAACAUAAGUUUAGCUGCUGUUCUUCAUUCAUGAGCACAUCUGCCUGUCAAAACGUAUUGUUUUCUUUAGUAGUAUUAAUGAGAAAUUAAAAGAUUGAUCAAAACUGUGUUUUUGUACUUUCUCAAUCUUGUAUCAUAUUUUUUCUUGUGUUUUUCUUAUUACAAUUUUUGAUUAAUUGCUGUAGAAAAUCAUUAGUAUGUAAAACAAAUCACUUUCUAUAUAU